GUGAUACUUCCACACAUACACACACACAUAUCGGACUUCCUCCCACCAUAAUUCCCAACCAUGCCAUUCCCGGCGGAGCAUCAGAUCCCAACCUUCCCUCCACCGGAAUCGGACUCGGAGGAGUCAUGGGUAUGGUCCCAGAUCAAAGCCGAAGCUCACCGCGACGCCGACUCCGAGCCCGCCCUCGCCAGCUUCUUGUACGCCACCAUCCUCGCUCACACCUCUCUUGCUCGCUCUCUCUCCUUCCACCUCGCCAACAAGCUCUGCUCCUCCACCCUCCUCUCCACCCUUCUCUAUGAUCUCUUUCUCCAGACCUUCUCCUCCUUCCCCUCUCUCCUCUCCGCCGCCGUCGCUGACCUUCUCGCCACCCGCCACCGUGACCCCGCUUGCGUCUCCUUCUCCCACUGCCUCCUCAAUUACAAGGGCUUUCUCGCUCUCCAGGCUCACCGUGUUGCGCACUCUCUUUGGUCUGAGUCUCGCCGCCCUCUUGCCCUCGCCCUCCACUCCCGCGUCGCCGAUGUCUUCUCUGUCGACAUCCACCCCGCUGCCCGCCUCGGUAAGGGCCUUCUCCUCGACCACGCGACCGGCGUCGUCAUCGGCGAGACCGCUGUUGUUGGCAACAACGUCUCCAUUCUCCACCACGUCACCCUUGGCGGUACCGGCAAGGCUGGCGGUGAUCGUCAUCCUAAGAUUGGGGAUGGCGUGCUGAUCGGCGCCGGGGCCACGAUUCUCGGUAACGUGAGGAUUGGGGAAGGGGCAAAGAUUGGGGCUGGGUCUCUCGUUCUUAUUGACGUGCCUCCACGGACCACUGCGGUUGGGAAUCCUGCGAGGCUGAUUGGAGGGAAGGAGGCUCCGUCGAAGCUCGAGGACGUGCCUGGGGAGUCCAUGGAUCACACCUCGUUCAUCUCUGAGUGGUCGGAUUACAUCAUCUGAUCGGCGAGGUGAUGUAUGUUGCUCUUAUCAAUCUAUGGAUUCUCUAAGCUGCUGCUUUUUUUCUCCAUUUUUACAAACUUUGGAUAAAAUGCUAUGUAUGUGAUCGAAUUGGGUUUCAUGAUGAGGUGAUUUGUUGUUAGAUAGAGAUAUAUUUUCGAUGUAAAACAAUGGUUUUGCAUUGUGAGUUGGUUGUAUUAAUAAUCGCAUGCAUGUUCAUAAUAUAAACCUGGAUGAAUUCAUUUAGGAUUUUUGGUGUAGCGAUUAACUUAUGAUUUGCUUGUAUUUUGUGAUAAGAGCAUUGAAAGUGAUUCUUUACA